GAAAUGGCGGACGCGAUCGAAAACAACGAGAACGUGGUAGGAGUUAUAGCGAAUCUCAGGAUCAAGCUGCGGACGACAGUCCUGAGAAAAGACUAUCGACUCUUUUAAUCAUUUUGGGAGAUAAAAUGACUCCCCAAGAAAUACAUAAGAAUAUUGAAAAAAUAGCUGAAAUUGUUCAAACCGAAUAUUCUAAAUACGAGCCUCUCGUAGCAUUUCAGCUUCGCGAAAGAAGUCCGGAAAUGUUGGAUAGCAUACUAUCGAAAAUUGAACGAUAUUUCGAGUCUAGAGAACGAGCUAUUGCGGAAAUUGGUGGAUCUGUUGUUCUUCAAUCCAUCAUGCCGUACAUAGGAUCCAAUUUACCAUAUGAUCAAGCUGAUGUCACGGACAUUUCAUAUUUUCUUAUUCGUGAUAUUAUUGAUGAUAUUAUUGAAAUAUAUGAGAUAAAUCGUAAAGAAUGCACAAAGUAUCUAAAAGAUCUUGCGUAUAAUUUUGCAUCUGGAACAUUUGUUGAAAAAGACACUACCACAUCAAUAACAAAAUCUGAAACAAAAGUGAAAGAUGAGCCCGAUAUAAAAAUUGAGCCAGAUAUGGAUACAUUUCCCAAUAAUUGGGGGGUUGAUGAUUCCAAAGAAGCUAAUGCAAGUUCAAUUUCGAAUCAAGGAAUUGUGGGGUUUAAACUUGAGCAGAUAAUAGUUGAGGAAUUUUAUUUGAUCGCCUUGGCUUUAUGGAUGUUGAAUGCUGCUACAGAUUUUGGAAUUGGUUUGCUCAUCAUCUUAGUAACUUUGGAUUUGUGUGGAACUGGAAAGAUUGGUAGGAAUUCAAUAUUAUUGAUGUGCUAUAAUCAUCUUAAUUGA